AUGUCUUCGCGAAAGUCUAGACGCUCUCAAGUUGGUCAAAGUUCAAGCUCUAGAAAUUCUAGACCCUCAGUACCCCAAGAUAGCACAGCUCAACUCAUCGAGUCACUCAACACACACCGUGUAAAUACGCUCACGGAGCUAUGCAGAAUUGAGCGAACAGCUGCAGCUUCCAAUGAAGAGGAAUUGCUUCUCAUUCGAGAUCCCUUGACCGCAGCUUGGACUUACUACGUCGCAUCCCACAAUCUAUUCAAUGAACUUCGCAAUUUGACGCCAAACUACACCUUCAGCAACGAUUUGCUCGAUGAUGCUAAAUGGAGAGUGAGUAGCGAUCUGAACAGCGACAGAAGUUGGAAUUAUGCCUGGUUGGUUUUGAGCAAAAUACAUGAUGAUGGGAUGAUACAAACACAUGCUGAGAGCGAAGCGAUUAAACCAGAAAUGUGGGGAGGUCGAUACCCAGAAGCCGAGGAGGCGGCUCAGCUCGCUGCAUGCUUUGCGUAUGAGUGGCAAGAAGCUCUGGAUCAAAUGUUGAGACAUUGGGAGACUCCUCCAACUAUUUCUGGAUACUAA